AAGAAAAGAUGGAAGGGGGAUGAAAUGUGGUAGGGGCUUCCUACCGCGAUAAUCGUGUUGUUUCAAAUUCUCUUUUUUAAUCAUAUCGAAGAUUUUACGUAUCCAUUAGUUGCGAGCGUUCAUAUUAGAUACGAAUUAGGAGUUUCCUUUUUAAUUUAGCACUACCCAACUGCUUCGUAUUGAAAUGGAGUCCAGGACUGAGUUUAAAAUAAAAUCACCGCCGGCUGACGCGAUCUCCGCGGUGGAAUUUGGACCAAAUUCUACACAGUUCCUAUUAGUGUCAUCAUGGGAUAGUACAGUACGAUUAUAUGACAUACAUGCCAACACGAUGAGAUUGAAAUACAAUCACGAUUUGCCAGUGUUAGACGUUGCGUUUCAAGAUGCUGUUCAUGCAUAUAGCGGUGGUUUAGGAAAUACUUUAAAAAUAUAUGAUAUAAAUAGCAAUACUGAAUCGAUAAUGGGUACACAUGAGAAACCAAUCAGAAAAAUAGAAUACUGUGCAGCAGUAAAUGCAAUACUGACUGGUGGUUGGGAUGCUGCGGUAAAAUUAUGGGAUCCACGAACGCCUACUUGCGUUGGUAGUUAUUUGCAACCUGAUGUAGUCCUUGCUUUGUCUGUGUGUGGCGACAAAUUUGUAGUAGGCACAGCAAAACGAAAAGUUUGCAUUUGGGAUCUAAGAAAUAUGGCAGGCAUGUUUCAAAGACGAGAAAGUAGUUUAAAAUAUCAAACCCGCUGCAUCAAAGGUUUUCCGAACGAACAGGGAUAUGUAUUAAGCAGUAUAGAGGGUCGAGUUGCCGUCGAGUAUCUUGAUACAAUGCCAGAAGCCCAGAAGAAGAAAUAUGCGUUUAAAUGUCAUAGAAUAAAGGAAAACAAUGUCGAACAUAUCUAUCCAGUAAAUGCUAUUAGCUUCCAUUCUGCAUACAAUACAUUUGCCACAGGUGGCUCGGAUGGCUACGUAAACAUCUGGGAUGGUUUUAAUAAGAAACGAUUAUGCCAGUUUCAUCGAUAUAACGCUGGUGUGGCUGCACUUAGUUUUAGCCACGAUGGUUCUGUCCUUGCGAUAGGCGUAUCCUAUUUGAACGAAGCCGAGAUUCCACCGGGUGGUAGUGACGAACGAGAAAUUUACAUAAGAUAUGUCAAUGACCAGGAAACCAAACCGAAAUAAACAAGUUCAUAAAAAAUACAAGUACAGUGACAAAAUGAUUAGGAAAAAACUCAUGGAUUCCAUACAUUGAAAUAGAUAAUUGAACGAAUAGAAUUAGAAGCGCACUGUGAAUAAUUGUAAAUAAAUACUCGCUCGGACCAUGUUAAUUUAUAUGCAUUUGAAAAUAACAUGUUGUGUCAACUUACAAUAAGUUCAAAUGAGCGCUACGUUUUAUAUAAAAAUAUAUCUUCCGAUUUUCAAAAAAUAAAUUAGACCUGUACCUGUAUAGAUUUUUACAAUAUUUUCGUAUUCACAUUUCAAUAUAUCAUAAUACUUUUUUUCAAUAGGUUUUGAUAAUAAGUCUCUGCCUAUUUAUUGUAAGAGUUGGUACAUUUAUAUCAAAUAUAUAAUUAUAUAUGAUAUAAAUAUAUUGAUUCACGAAUAUAAUUAUAUAUUUACGAUACAUUUAUAUCAAGCAUAUUGAUAUAAGUAUGUAAUAUAUAUUUACUUAAAUACAAUCGUCUAAUUUAUGCAUAAA